AUGUCAUCAUCAACUAUUAAUACGAAUAAUGACGAUGUGGAAGAAAAUAUAACUUACAAACCAGGAACUUUCCGUUAUCAAGAUUUACCACCUGAUAAACGAAAGAAAUUAUUUGAAGAUCGACAAAGAGAACUUAAUCCUUGUUUAAAAGAAUCGGAAAUAGCCACUUCUUGUAUAACUAUGCAUGGUGAUGAUCAUCAUAAAUGUGAUAUGGAAGUGGAGAAUUAUAAAACAUGCAAACGCUUUUGGACAGCUGUACGAUCUUUCGCUACUACAAAUCAUCUAUUAAAAAAUGAUGGUUUUCCACCAUUAGAUCAACGACCUAUUUGGAAAAAACAACUUCAAUCAUGGGUUGAAACAAAAAAAUUAACUAUACCAGAAGAAAUUAAACCUCUAGUAUAA